GGCUGACUGGGCAAUUUAAAAGGCAGACUUCUUGCUCACUGCAAAGUCAUAAGGAUUACCAUUCACCUUGUUUCUGGUGUAGGUUGUUGCCCUUACAGAUACCAAGAUGAGUUGUUUCACUUUCUUGAAGGUCAUGAUGAUUUUAUUUAAUCUAGCUAUAGUGAUUGGUGGAGGGGUACUAUUGGGCAUUGGAAUCUGGGUCAGUGUUGACAGUACUUCCUUCCUCAAAAUGUUUGGCCCUCUAUCCUCCAGUGUCCUUCAGUUUGUGAAUGUGGGCUACCUACUCAUAGCCAUUGGAGCUGUCCUGUUUCUGUUGGGCUUCUUGGGAUGCUGUGGAGCUCAGAAAGAGAGCAAGUGCCUUCUGAUUACGUUCUUCUCAAUUAUCCUGAUAAUCUUCAUUGUUGAAGUUGCUGCUGCAGUGGUGGCUUUGGUCUACACAUCACUUGCAGAGACUAUAUUGCAAGGAACUGUGACACAGCUAUUGAAAAACGAAUAUGGAAAAAGCACUGACAUUACUACUGUAUGGAAUACCACAAUGCACGAUCUGAAGUGCUGUGGUCUAUCAAAUUACACAGACUUUGAUGGUUCCUACUACAUGUCCCAUCAUGGCAAUAUUUACCCCUUAUACUGCUGUAACAACACCAACAAUUGUACUGAAGCUGAAGCUGUGAAAAGCAAGGUGCCGGGCUGUUUCUCCAAGUUGAUAUCUGAAAUACGUCAGAAUGCUGGUGUUGUGGGUGGAGUAGCAGCUGGGAUCUGUGCACUGGAGCUUGCAGCAAUGGCCGUGGCAAUGUACAUCUACUGUCGCUUAGAUGAGAAAUGACUGGGUUAGAGUGCUGUGAGGUUACCUUGCCAAGAGGCAAGAGGAUGCCAUUCAUAGCAACCUUUUCUUAACCUGUGUCCACAACAAAUUGAACAUUUCUCAGGCAUGAAGCGUGCCACAUGAUUUAACUGUACCAAACUGGAAUCUGUAGUGUGUACAAAAAUGAAGGGAAAGUGAUUUGAUAAGAAUUGUUUUGCAAUGUGAAGGGUUCUUAUGUCCACGGCCAAGAAGAUUGACUCAAAGACUGAAAAACAGAAAAACUGACAGCAUUUCUGCUUUUAAAAACAGUGCCCUUUGCCACUUUAAAAUUUGAGAGUUUUCCUGCUGGCUUUGAUACUUCUCAUCCAGAGAGAGAUGCGAGAUCUCUGUAGGAUGGUAAACAGUCCGAAAUGCUGCUCAAAGCUUUGAAAGGCUAUAGUUCCAUUCCUAUGCAAAAGAAUCCUGUCUCCAUGUGGAGUCAGGGAAUCAGCACCACUUUCCCCCUUAAUACAAAUACUGGCAAAACAAAGAAGAUAAACAAAGAUCACAAUCUCUUGUUUUCUCCUGGGAUUAAUGUGCAUGGCUGCAAAGGGUCAUUGCAUGGCAAAUCCUAUUCUGCCAGUUAGUAUAUGUAGUAACAAAUUUCCCUAUUUCUCCCCCCCCCCCCCCCCAAAUGCUCCUUUUGACUCUCUGUACGGGUGUCUGGUUGAGCUGGCUCUAUUGGAACAGAACCCCUUUUAUUAUGGAUUGUAUUGUAUGUUGGCCUAGCCUUUUAUUUUUUUACUCUUUGAGGAUGCAAUUUUAUUAUCGAAUCAUUGUUUGCACAGUCUUAUCUAUUACAAUAAAAGCUUCUUUUAAUUUUA